AUGGAUGAGCUAAACCACGCAUCGGAAAAGGAGCAGCAGCGUUCACAGACGCCUCGUCCGGCCUUGGGAUGUGCUAACCGCCCGAUGCAAACAAUUGAAGAGGCGGCUGCAGAAAUGCAGCAGCAAGGUGGUGCUGUAAAUGUGCCACCCGUUUCAUGUAGCGGUCCGACUGCGACCACAUCUACUCCCAUGCCCGCUAUAACUUCUGCUGCUGAACGGGAACAAAGCGACAUCGAAAAGGCGAUAGCUGAAUCUCUAAUAUCGCAAGGACCACCGGGAAAUCGGUCUUACGUGUCAUCUUUACCUGCAAAUCCUGAAGAUAUGCUAAGGAAGGAAGGAGUUUCGGUUGGUUUGCACAAUACGGGUAACACCUGCUGGUUCAACGUGGUCGCCCAGCUGCUAUUUCACCUACCUCGUUUUCGUCGAGUUGUUUAUGAGUACAAUCCGAAACAGGUCGAAUCCACCGUUGAAGAUUCUGCGCAGAAAGCCGAUAUCACGGAGGCCGAUCUUGUGGAGAGAAUGAGAUAUUUGUUUGCAAGUAUGGAUCUUGGAAAUAGACGGUAUAUCGAUCCCAGCGAAGCGCUCAAUGUCGUCAGUGCCUUAGCCGCUCGUAGUAAAAGCGAUGUGAUUCUUGGCCGGCAGCAGGAUGCGUCAGAGAUGAUGUCAAAUUUGAUGGAAUGGAUGGAAAAAGGAUUGGCGUUGCAACAAAAUGCUCCCGAACCCGAACAAAAUGCGGAACAAAAUGCCGAAGAGGUUAAGCAGUCAUCACCACUCGUUACCAGUCGUAGUUUGGAAGCGAUGGAAAUUUCUCCAGUUGCUUCUGUUGAUGCAGUAGGCUCUGCAAUCAUGGACGCUACUGUGUCAGACCAGGCAGAACCAACUGUCGUGAAAGUUGAGGAAAUGAGUACGUUCCCGAAAUAUCUUGAUCAUUUGCCCUUCCACCUUUUCAUUGCUCAAACCAAAAACUGUUCAGAUGUAGAUACGCAACAGCCACAACAGCCUGUUGCCAAAUCUCCUUCACGUCAGUCAAACCUAGAAUGCAUAAAGGCCUUAUUCCACGGAUGUCAGGCGGAGCGUAACGAUGUAACGAACUCAUGGAAUAAACUGGAAUACACUUCCUUAUUUCCCGUCCAUGUUUCACAUGGUAACUUACACGAUGCUCUUGAAGCUCAUCAGUUUCUGAAUGAUUCAGGGAAUGAGCCAUGGUUCGAGACUUUACCCGCCGUCUUGAUUUUCUCAUUGGGUCGUUACUUCUUCAAUGGUACAAAAGGCGAAACAGAAAAACUCAACAUGCGUUUUCACUUUCCUCGUACAAUCUUCAUGGAUCGGUACAUGGCCAGGUGA